UUAUAAACUUUUGGAAUGAACUACAUAAUUUCAAGAUAAGGAGACUUCAAACACACGGGGACCUCACGACGAAUUUGUCGGUGUUUACAUAAUGAAAGAUAAAUGUGUAGGAGCAGACGACAACUUAUUACAAAUAUGGUGACCAAUAAAAACGCUGUAUUCUACUUUCAUUUUUAUUGUUUUAUCGGAUUUGUUCUGUUUUAUUCUACCACCCAAGGGGCGAUUAUAACAUGUGUGGAUUUAAGCCCAGACUGUGCGCUCUAUGGCGGGGAUAAAAUUUGCCAUGGAAGCUUUGUGCCAUGGUCAAGCGUUUAUUGUAAACAGACGUGUCAUUUUUGUGUUACGGAUUUGCCAUCCACUGCGUUGUCAUCUACAACGGCGGAACGACAAACGACGACACCUUCUAACGCCGUAUAUACACAGCCGUCAACUGUGUCAACAGAAAAUGUAGUAACGAAUAACAGUCCUGGAACAACAGCAAAAUCAGACCAUAGACUUUCUGUGCGCUCUAUAUGCCCAUCUCACGUGACUCAGCGAGUACCGACACAGUAUAUUCACGUGUACGGAGACAAAUGUUACGAGUACGUUCCAACAGUUGGUAGCUGGAUGCACGCCAGAACAGAUUGUCAUAGUAAAGGAGGACAUAUGUUGUCCAUAACAAACGCUGGAGAACAAGCUUUUAUUUUGAAUCUUAUUUCAAAAGUAUAUGUUAUACCGAAACUAUGGUUAGGACUAGAUGAUCGGGUUAACGAAGGGCAAUAUAAUUGGGACAGCGGUGCCACAGUGAAUUAUACUAAUUGGGCUCCCGGGCGAUAUGUUGACCCAUAUCACGACCAGGAAGAUUGUGUUGUUAUGGUCGUUUCUAGAUAUGGAAAAUGGAACGACAUUGAUUGCAAUGCUCUGGUUUUUGGGACACUUAUAUCGUAUAACUGGAUAUGUCAAUACAAUUUGGAGACUCAAGUAACAAACACGACGUCCGAUAAGCCAGUAGAUGGAAAUUGGAGCCCUUGGCAACCAUGGAGCGCAUGUUCUGCCACGUGUGGGACCGGAAGUCAAAGUCGCACAAGAGACUGCAAUAAUCCGGCACCACAAAAUGGCGGAAACUUUUGCUUUGGUUUAAGAAACGAAUCUUCAACGUGCAACGCUAAAGAUUGUCCACAUUGGAUGCCAUUUUACGAAGCCGCGCCUUGUAGCGUCACGUGCGGAGUAGGUUUUGUUCAGCUUAAGAGAAAUUGCUCCACGGGCAACACUCAGGAUUGUCAUGGCAAUGAAUAUAGUGAAAAGCCUUGUCACCUUCAAGAUUGCUCCAACUGAUAUUUGUUUGAAUUAUUCAAUGAUGAUAGUCUUUAUAUAAAAUCUUUUAACAAAUAUAUGAACAUUAUGCUAUAGACUUAAUAAAUUG